CUUGGUUGAAAUAUGGUUGAAAUCCUGUGUGAUUUUUUGUGAAACUUAUUAACUUUGCAAUCCUUAAUUACUAGUGAUCUAGUUACGCCUUCCAUUAAUAAUGGGUAGAUCGCGAUCACGGAGUAAAACUCCUCGGCGACAUCAUAAAAGUAGCAAACAUUCGAGGAAGAAGAGCCGCUCCAAGGAUCGUUCCUCUUCUAGAAGCAGAAGCUCGAAACAUGUUGAGAAAUCUAGAGAACGUAGUUCGAAGUCCAGAAAAAGGUCCCACUCCGCGUCUUCGUGCACAAGUAGCGAUGCAUCAUACGAUGGCAGUAGAAAUAAUAGGAAGAAAUCAAAAAGUCGUAAUAAAAUGGAUGAAGUGGAUCGCUUGGCCGAGAUGGAGAGGCAAAGACGUGUCAGAGAAGCAGAACAAAAGGUAGUUGAAGAGGAAGCAGCGAAAAGAAUAGAAUUAUUGGUAAAGAAAAGAGUGGAGGAAGAAUUGGAAAAAAGAAAAGAUGAAAUAGAACAAGAAGUAGCAAAGAGGGUGGAAGAAGCUAAACGAAAGAUGGAGAAGGAGAUGAUGGAGGAGUUGGAAAGGCAAAGGGAACAACAGCGGAAAGAAGAGGCAGCCAGACAGGAGGAAGAGGCUCGUAAGAGAAAAGAGCUGGAGGAUAUCAUGGCCGAAAACAAUAGAAAGAUUGAGGAGGCUCAAAGGAAAUUGGCCGAAGAAAGGUUGGCAAUGAUAGAAGAACAAAGAAAAAUGGAUGAAGAAAGGCAAAAGUUAAAGAAAGAACAGGAAAAACGCAUAAAAGAAGAACAAAAGAAAAUUUUAGGCAAAAACAACUCAAGACCAAAAUUAUCGUUUUCGCUGAAGCCACUCUGAUGUGUAAUUGUUUAUAUUUUAACAUUGUUAUGAGACAAAUUAGUAAGAGUAUGUCGUCAUUAAUUUUAAGUAUCAUCUUCACAGUUUUGCACACAAGCAUGAAAAUUAUUUACAUGAUGAAACAAUCUGAAUAUCAGUAACAAUUAUUAUGGUUAAUUAAAUUAAAACUAUGAAGUAUGAUUUUUAAUAAAGGAGAAGGAAUAUAGUGGUCCCCACUACUAAAAAGACCUAUAUUGAUUUAUUAUCCAUUAAAUAUAGAGUAACUUUCAUUAUGAGACAAAUUAAAAAUAAGCUGUCAGUAAAAAGUUAUGAGCA